AUGCUUUGUGCCAUCUCAGGUGAGGCUCCCGAGGAGCCCGUCGUUUCCAAGAAGACCGGCACUGUUUUCGAGAAGCGGCUGAUCGAGAAGUACAUCGAGGAGAAUGGCAAGGACCCCAUCACCGGCGACGAGCUCGACCCCGAAGACCUGCUGCCCAUCCAGUCUGCCCGCGUCGUGCGGCCACGAGCCCCCAACCUGACCUCCAUCCCCGCCCUCCUGUCCACCUUCCAGAACGAGUGGGACGCCCUCGCCCUCGAGACCUUCAAGCUGAAGCAGCAGCUUUCACAAACACGCGAUGAGCUGGCCAACGCCCUCUACCAGCACGAUGCCGCCGUCAGGGUCAUCGCCCGCCUGACCAGGGAGCGCGACGAGGCCAGGGCCGCACUGUCUAGGGUGACCGUGUCUGCCGGCUCCGGCGCCGGCGCAAACGGCGACGCGAUGGCUGUCGACAACGAGACCCUGCCCGAGGAGUUGGCCGCGCACGUGGAUGAGACCCAAGCCAAGUUAUCCAAGAGCCGCAAGAAGAGACCAGUGCCCAGUGGCUGGGCCAGCCCCGACGAGAUUGCAACCUUUGCGCCACGGCUGUCCGAGUCGCUGCCCACGCCGCAGACAUCGUCCAUCGGGUUGGAAGGCGGCUACGCCGCCGUUGGUGGCCUGAAGGGGGAUGUGGCCAUCUUCUCGACCACGGCAGGCACGCUGGAGCGGUCGCUCAAGGUGGACGAGCCCAUUACAGACACGCUGUGGAGCGGGUCCAAGGUCAUGUUCGCCACAGCAAAGGGGUCGGUCAAGGUGUUUGAGAACGGCAGCGAGGUGGCCUCGUUUACGGAACACGCCGGAGCGGCGACGGCACUGUCGCUGCACCCAGGCGGCAACAUCCUGGCGUCGGUGGGCACGGACAAGAGCUUCGUGCUGUACGACCUGACGGCGCUGCAGCGGGUCAGCCGGGUGUACACCAACGCGGCGCUGACGAGAUGCGCAUUCCACCCCGACGGACACCUGUUCGCAGCAGGGACGAGCACAGGGGAGAUCAAGAUGCUCCUGACCAAGACGGGCGAGGAGGCGGCGACGUUCGAGCUGGGGGCGCCGGUGGAGGGCCUCGCGUUCUCGGAGAACGGGUACUGGAUCGCGGCGACGGCCAAGGGCCAGACGACGGUGACGGUGUUUGACCUGCGCAAGGAGGGGGCGGCGGCGACGGCCAAGGUGCUGCAGGUGGGCAGCUCGGUGCAGCGGCUGGCGUGGGACUACACGGGCCAGUUCCUGGCGACGGCCGGGCCGUCGGGGGUGACGGUGCAGCAGUACGCCAAGAGCAGCAAGAAGUGGAGCGAGCUCCUGCAGAGCGCGACGCCAGCGGUCGGUCUGGGCUGGGGUGAGCAGGCGAAGCAACUGGUGACGGUGAACGGGGACGGUGUCAUCUCGGUCUUGGGGGCUCCGGAUGAGGCUUAG